UGACCGCCUCUCUCUGCGCAUGCGCACUGCGGAGCAGCGGCGGUUGCCCGUGCACCUAAAAGGCGCGGCUGAGCGUGAGCAGCGGCAGAGUCACGGCAGCAGGUAGAGGAGAGGUGAACCCUGCCACAGCCACAGCUCCCUAUCUUUCUCUGUAGGUUAGAAUCCUCUUUCACGAUGUCAAACACGAGGCUUGUUCGACAAAUCCGCAAUGCUUCUCAGCUCCCAACACCAGCACUGGCGAUCUCAAAGCUGGUUCUUUGUGCCAUGCCCAUUGCUGAGAUCGUCAUCGGUGCAAUACAUCUGAAUGACUGUCCGCGGCAGCACUUCAUCCCCAUCUAUCUGAUCGUGCUGGGAACCUUCGCCCUGGUGCUGGUGGUGCUCUCCUGCCUCCCGUGCGCUCAAGAACCCGAAGACGGCCCGACCAACCCGCUCAACCGACUCUGCGCGACCUGGAACUCGCUGAUAUCCCUCUUCCUCUCCUGCUGGUUCAUUUGUGGUAACGUGUGGAUCUACUCGAUUUACAAGCCGAACUUCAACAAGGAAACAACAGAUAUAGAUCCGUACUGUGACAGGACACUCUACCUGUUUGCCUUCUGGGUCACCACCCUCGUCUACAUCCUCUUAGGUGUGUUCCUGGUGGGCAGCUGCCUCGUCCUCAUCUGCUUCUACCUGUGUGGCCGAGCCGACGCUGACGACAAUGUCUAGAAACAUACUAGCCAAAGAGGAGGUGGGAUGCAUCUCAUGGGGCUCCACGCCCUGAGUUGGCUGCUGAGGCUUUUCUUCCCUUUAACAUUUACAAAGACCCAAGUUGUACUUCUUGUUCUACCUUCGCUAGUCUGACCUUUUAAGGGUAAGGGGAGGACAUUAGAGGGAUGAAUGAAUCCUCGUAAUUGCCCGAUUAAAGGGACACUUCAAUCCAGAAUCAAAAAUACAUAUUUUGCUUUUUCCUCCAUAGUGCUAGUUCCUUUCCAGAAAUCAUGAAUGGGUUACUCAAGAAAAUCCACACACCUUGUCAUGAGCAGUUUCAUGUCGAAAUGUAUCACUUUGCAAACAUGAGUAACCGGGUCAUGAUGUUAUUUUUCUUUUUUUUCUUUUUUAGUUGUAUUUGUUUUGCCGCUUUGAACGCUGCAACUCCAGUGCCAUUUAGUUCCAUUACAUUCGAGUGAAGGCAGACGUCUAGACGGCCGAUACCUCCAAAACUCACACUACAAUUAUCCAGUAAAUGGCACUACAGGUCAGAUAUUGGGGUGAACCGUCCCUUUUAACGUUUCAUACUUUGCAACACAAGACUAAUACGUCACAGUCCCAGUUGCUACAUACGAUUUUCGCACUGGUUAUAAAUCACGUCUGUAACUGUCGUCUCAAUGCUGAAAGGUAAAUUCCGCCUAACGUUUACAGGUUGAGUCAGGAAUUAGCCUUAAUUAUGUACAGCAUAAAGUGAUUGAUUUUGCCCCGUAGUUGCUUAAAUGCUCAUGUUUGUUGAUAUUUUUUUUGUCAUGAAAGCGCUCUAUGAAACCAAAGACUCUAAUAUAUCAAUCACACUACACAUUUUCAGCCAUGCACUUUACCAAACAAUGAUUUAUUGUCUUUAAAGCCCAUAUAAACAGAAUUCUGUGACUUCUGAUGCUGUGCCUUGUUACCAACACUAUCCAUGGUUUACUUUCUGUUUAAUUACAACACUGAACUUGGUUUACAGAUCAAACUGUAUCGGGUGAACUCCAUUGCUACUAAUGUAUACUAAAUAUUACGAUUUUUAAUCAAUGCGCAAUCUGAAUUUGUUCUAUUUCUCUUUUUUCAACUAAAGAAUAGAAGAGGGAACUGCGUGGAAAUGCGGCAUGUGGGAACCCAUUAAUAACAGGACAUGUGAUUUUGUGUUCAGCAGUCAGUUGAGAGUGCAUUGUUUCAGAAACUUCCUGUCUGGCCACAAGACAUGCUUUACCUCACGUUGAACACUCAAGUCACACGAAUAUUGAAAGAAAUAAGGGGAAGGUCAUCACAAUGAUUAUCACCUAAUAUUGAAAGGAAUUUGUGGAAGUGGUCACUAUGUGAAACUAAAAUAGCUAUUUUAUAGCUCUUCUUGCCAAAUAAUCAUUAGUAAGAUGGGUGAAAGCAGCAUCAUGGAACCUUAAAAUAACAAUUGUUUUGAUUGAACAUAUGUAAAAGAAGGAAAGGUGCACGUUUGCUUACAGAGCAUGAUUUAUUAUGAGAGCUGUGGAAAGACUACAAAAAUAAAAAUCACAAACCACCAA